AAUUUGCGGAAGAGUUGAUGCGGAUUUGUGCAGUUAUAUUGAUUGCAUUUGUAUAAAAAUCCAAGAUUUUUACUAUUUUUUGUGUUUAGAUACAGUAGUAAAAAAUGCCCGAAUUUGACCUUAAAGAUUCCAUCAUAACAUCAUUCAAUUCACAAGAACCAUGGCCGGAAAAUGUGAAACUGUUCCAGCCGUACGAGGUGGAGCAAAUACUGCUUCCGGAUAAUGCUAGCUGCCUGGCCGUACAGGCCUUCUUGAAAAUGUGCAGCCUCCCCUUCGAAGUAGAGAUGCGCUGGAACGCUGAGUUCAUGUCACCUUCCGGCCGCGUCCCGUUCAUCAAGUGUGGGGCCUUCGUGGUCUCGGAGUUGGAGCCGGUGGCUCAGUUCGCCGCCAACAAAGGGGUCUCACUCUGCAGCCAGCUCAGUUCUGAGGAGAAGGCGGAGAUGCGCGCUUACAUGAGCCUGAUCACUAAUGUGCUGGUCAACGCUGAGCUUUGGAUAUCCUGGAUAGACGAUGAAACUUACAACGCAGUGACCAAAGUGCGCAACUCUUCAGUCUACCCGUGGCCACUGGGCUGGAUCCAGACUCGAACCAAGCGCAAUAUGGUGGCCAAGAGACUUAAGGCACUGCAUUGGCAUGAUAAGACUCUAGACCAAGUUUUGGCUGAUGUGGACCAAUGUUGCCAUUCGCUGAGCCAGCGUCUGGGAGACAAGGACUAUUUCUUCGGAACCCCCACCCCCCUGGACGCCCUGAUCUACGGCCAUAUCCGCGCGCUGCUCGGGGCCUCUGGGCCUCGCGCCGCGCUCAUGGUCAAGCCUAUAACCACGGCGCUGCUGUUUCAUAUGCUGCGGGUGGCCAAUCUGACGCAGAUGACUUUGACGGCUCAAGAAGAGAACCUAGUGUCCCAAGUGUCCCUGCUGCGUCAGACACCGGAGCGCCCUCGGAUAGUUCCUCGCAAUACCAGCUCACGCUUGUCUGCUAGUCUCCGGUCUUGGGACGGACAGCGCGGGGACAAUACGUUUGGUUACGGCUUCAAGCCGUUUGCAAGCAAGCAAAUAAAUAUUACAGUCACCAAGGACGGCCUAACAUGCCAUGCUCCAACGAGACUAGUUCGCUACGAAGAAUCCUACGCUUGCGUAAAACAAAUCCUAGAUAAAGUCCUUGAUAAUCUAGACUUGGAGAAGGAUGAUAAGGAGUUUGAUUUCGUUGAAUUUAGCAGCUCUGAAAUGGGGGAUGUGAAGACAAAUUUGGAUAGGAUUGAGGAAGAUUUCUUGGUUCAUUCGGAGAUUGAUGAUACUUCUGAAGCCACUGAUGUUUUAGAGAAUGAAUCCGGUUCGGUUCAGGAUUCGAGACUCCGAAGCCACCGUGAUGAGCUCGAGCAGUGAGAAUAUCCGCGUUAAGAAGCUAUUGGAGUACAUUCGGCAGAAAAACGCGGAAUUUAACAUCGGGCCGCAAGUCGCCGAUGUCGAUUGAACUAUGUUUUUGGCAAUUCUCG